AUGGAGGCCGACCGGUCAUCAAGCUUUUUCCGUCUGGCGUUCGGUUCAAUCUGUGCCGAGACGACUUUUGUCGGCACCUUCGUUUUCUUGGUGCUUCGCACCCCAUCGCAGGCUGCGAACAAGCGCAUCGCCGGACUCGCUGUCCUCGGCGCGGCCACCUACGCGAUGGAGAGCCUGAUCGUGCAGCUGUGCCUGGACAACGGGCGGCCGCACUGGGCCGCCGUUCUGGUGUCUCUGUUGUGGGUCCAGCUGCUCAACGCGUCCGACCUCCUCCUGGUGCGCCGUGUAGAUGCUGCUCAACUGUCAAAGCUUCGCGGAAGGGGCCCCGGGGCAGCCGGGCGCGUGAGAUCAGCUGCGGGUGUCCUCUUCAACUCGCGCCGGGUUGGGACCCCGUGGCAGGUCAGGAAUACGCCGUCCACCGCUGGCCUCGAAAGUCAAAGCCGUGCAGGCUUUGUGUUCCGCCGACUUGCUGUUACGAUACCGGCGUACCUAUUUGUCGAUAUCAUGACCUCCUUGCCAGCGCCUGACCCGGCCUUUGUGCGGGCAGAUAAGGCAACUCUUCUCCCGGUCAACAGCUUGAGCGCUGAGGACAUCAUCUUCCGGCUCGCAACGACCAUUUCGUACUGGGUCACCACUGGUAUCGUCCUCAUGGUCAUGAAUAACACGGGCGCGAUCGUCGGGGUCUUAUCAGGUCUCUGCAGGCCUGUCGACUGUCCACCACCAUUCGGCUCUUUCUUUGAAGCGUACACGGUUCGCCGCUUUUGGGGUAUCAGCUGGCAUCAGAUGCUCCGGUCCUUCCUCACGGGGCACGCCGACUUGCUUGUUGGCAAAACUCUCCCCUUUUUGCCACCCCGCUCAGCUGCUUCUCGGAAUACGCGCCUGGCAGCCUCUUUUCUCAUCUCCGGCCUGAUACACUGGCGCGCCGAUCAGGCCCAGGGGGUUCCCAAUGCCGAAAAUGGGGCUCUGGUCUUCUUUGCUCUACACGCUGCUGUCAUAGUCCUGGAGGACAACCUUGGGCCUAUUUUUGUCGCGUCGCUACCCAGACGUGUCCGUCAUGUCAUGGGAUACCUCUGGGUCCUCGCGUUCUUUGCUUGGAGCAGUCCAACCUACAUGUACCCUGGCAUGAGACUCGGGUUUGAUGGGGCUGCCUUGCUGCCCAUUCGCGUGAUUGGGCCCUACAUACGUAAGUAG